AUGGCCGCGUACCGCGAGCACGCCACCACCAUGACCGCGCCCGCGGGUGCAGCUCGGUCAGGGCAGAGCGGCUCGCUCCUGAGGAGCCAGCUCUCCGUCCACCAGGCGUCGGAGGGGCGAACUCGACUGCGGAUGCCACCAGCGCGAGGAGCCCACGGAGACGGGGACGGAGGCCGAGCGGGAGCAGGAACGGCGGUCCACGGAGCUCUAAACGCGGAAGAGAGCGGGCGGUGCUCGGCGACAGACUUGGCGACGCACACGCCCACGCAGGCGCCACCAUCCUCGGCGCCCACGGCUCGUGGACGGCCUCGGGUCCUGGAUGCAGUCCUGGCCACGCUCAACAACCUGCUCCUCGACGCCGCGCUCUGGGACGGCAAGCUGCCAGGCUGA